AUCCAUAAAAAAAAAGAAUAAGAAAAUAAAAAAGCCAAUGAGAAUAGAGGUGCUCCCAUCCCAAAUUCAUCAAGCAUCAAAAUUUAUUAUACCUUCUGAACUUGUGUGCGAAUUAUUCAACAAAAUAUCUGCCGAUCCGUCUGCAUCCUUCUCCAGGUGUGAUGGAGAUAUCGCUGCUGUCGGUCCUCCUCAAAAAUAUUUCUAGUUUCUUCAAUAUGCAAAGCCAUGAAAACCGAGCUUCUGAACUCGUUCAAAUGUACCACCAAAAGGUUAAAGAAAUACUCAAGAUAAUUAAGCCUGUACUCGAGUCUAUUGUCGAUGCGGAAGUGGCGUCUGAUGAAUCACUUCAAAAAGAAUUUCCCGGCUUGAGUCAGUCUGUCGAAGACCUCAGGGAGCUUCUCGAAGAUUGCCAUCCAUUGAUGAGUAAAGUUUACUUUGUUAUGCAAGUUGAAUCCUUAUUUGCAAAGGUUCGGGCUCAAAGCUUAGAGGUUUUCGAGCUUUUGAAAUCUUCUCCCGAAGGACUUCCUGAUGAAUUGAGUUCUGCAUCACUUGAGAUUUGCAUACAAAAAAUUAAGCAUAUGGGAUAUGAAAAAUCAUCGGCGAUUCUUUCAAAAGCUAUACGGGAUCAAGCAGAGGGUUCGGGACCUAACGCGGAUAGCACGUCAAAGAUCGCUGAUUUUCUUAGCUUGAAGUCAAAUCAAGAGCUUCUAAUCGAGGCCGUUGCCCUUGAAAAGUUAAAAGAAAACGCCGAACAAGCGGAAAAAAUGGGAGAUUUAGAGUGCAUCGAGGAAAUGGUUGCUCUCGUUACCCACAUGAACGAUUGUUUAAUCGAGGCGAAACAGUCGCAAAGCGCCAACCCGGUACCCAUACCUCCCGAUUUCUGUUGCCCGUUAUCGCUUGAACUCAUGACGGACCCGGUAAUUGUAGCGUCGGGACAGACGUAUGAGCGGAGUUAUAUCCGUAAAUGGCUUGAUCUCGGGCUUACGGUUUGCCCGAAGACUAUGCAAACUCUGGCCCAUACGAAUCUUAUACCUAAUUACACCGUGAAGGCACUAAUCGCAAAUUGGUGUGAGUCAAACAAUAUUAAGCUCCCGGAACCUGUGAAAACGUUGAACGUGACUCAACCUCGGUCCCCCGAGUCGUCGGUGCGGGCCAUAGGUUCGUCCGGUGGGACCAGCCGUCAAGACGGAACGUCUCCGGUGCAUCACGUUCAAUCAUCUUACGAGGAUUCUUUGCCGGAAAACGGGCAUGAUGUGACCGAAUCCGGAGACCAAAGUCUUGAUUCACGUGCGCAAUCAUCAGCUAACGAAAAGUUGACGGAGGGUCAUCAGAGAACGGUUUCGACUUCCAGCACGCAUUCCAACGCAAGCUUUUCUCAAGAGCUAUCUCAUGAAGCAAACGACGCGUCCGGAACACAGGCGGCAACAGCAUAUAGCAGUGACGCUUCAGGAGAAGUGGCACCGGCACCGGAACCUCAACCCGCUGCCGCCACUACCCCAACCGCUCCACGACGGGACCACGAGUUCUCCCCGCGGUUUGAAACCCGACCCAGAAAUCAGUUAUGGCGUAGGCCGUCAGAUCGGUAUGGCCCGAGAAUCGUUUCUUCCCCGUCUACUGAAAACCGACCCGAUCUUACCGGAGUCGAAACGCAAGUUAAAAAACUCGUCGAGGAAUUGAGUAGCGAUUCGGUUGAUGUAGUAAGAAAAGCCACAGGUGAACUUCGGUUACUUGCUAGACAUAAUAUGGAUAACCGCAUUGUUAUCGCAAACUGUGGGGGCAUCGGUUUAUUAAUCGGUCUACUCCGGUCAACCGACGAACAAGUCCAAGAAAACGCCGUCACCGCUCUUUUAAACUUAUCGAUAAACGACAACAACAAAUCCGCGAUUGCGAACGCGGACGCAAUCGAACCGCUGAUUCACGUGCUCGAAACUGGGAGCUCCGAGGCUAAAGAAAACUCUGCCGCAACUCUUUUUAGUCUCUCGGUUAUCGAAGAUAACAAGAUAAGAAUCGGGAGGUCGGGAGCGAUUAGACCGUUGGUUGACUUAUUGGGAAACGGAACGCCAAGGGGGAAAAAGGAUGCGGCAACGGCGUUGUUUAACUUGUCAAUAUUUCACGAAAACAAGGCGCGUAUUGUUCAGGCCGGUGCCGUAAGGUACCUUGUGGAGUUAAUGGAUCCGGCAGCUGGGAUGGUUGACAAGGCGGUUGCGGUUUUAUCGAAUCUUGCAACGAUUCCCGAGGGGAGAGCUGCUAUUGGUCAAGAGGGUGGUAUACCGGUCCUGGUUGAAGUUGUUGAGUUGGGUUCGGCUAGAGGGAAGGAGAAUGCGGCAGCCGCGCUUCUACAGUUGUGCACAAACAGCAGUCGGUUUUGCAACAUGGUCCUACAGGAGGGUGCGGUCCCACCGUUGGUUGCUUUGUCACAGUCGGGUACCCCACGAGCCAAGGAAAAGGCGCAGUCACUGCUUAGCUACUUUAGAAACCAGCGGCAUGGUAACGGUGGGAGGGGAUAAGGAGAGAUGCGUUGACGAUUUGUAUACAAUGUGCAUCUAUUGUCGUCUAAUGUUGCAAAUAAUGCAUAUGGAGUUCUUGAUUUGUUUCGAAAGGAUGAAGCCAGAAGCCGAAAAGAGGACAUAGAUGGCCCGCGGGGGGGGGGGGGGGGGGGGGGUGUAUGGAUAAUCUUUGUUUGUGAAGUUUAUAUCUUUGUGCUUAUAUUUGCAGCCUAGUGUAGUGUGAGUUUGUCUGUCACUGAUUUUACAUGUUUGUUCAUUUCUUGUGUAGUAUUCA